AUCUCUUCUCUUUUUUUUUUCUUUUUUUCCCUCUCUCUCAGUUCUGACUUUCUUUGAAAACCCACCACAAAAAUUUAUCAAUAGAGAAGGAGUAGUAUUCAUUCAAGAAAGAAAGUGCAGUAGUAAUGGAGAGUCUCCCUUGUGGUUAUCGUCCCAACGUAGGAAUUUGUCUCAUCAACCUUGAUCAUUUGGUCUUUGUUGCUUCCAGAUUGAAUGUACCCGGAGCAUGGCAAAUGCCACAGGGCGGCAUUGAAGAUGGAGAAGACCCUAGAUCUGCUGCCAUUAGGGAAUUGCGCGAGGAAACUGGAAUAACAUCGGCUGAAAUAAUUGCAGAGGUCCCACAAUGGUUAACCUACGACUUCCCACCAGCCGUAAAGGCCAAAGUAAACCGUCUCUGGGGAGGAGAAUGGCAUGGACAGGCACAGAAAUGGUUUCUUAUGCGAUUUGCCAAUGAUGAAAGUGAGAUCAACUUAUCAACUGGUGAAGCAGAGGCAGAAUUCUCAGAGUGGAAGUGGGCAAGACCAGAAGAAGUAAUUGAGCAGGCGGUAGACUACAAGAGGCCAACAUAUGAAGAAGUUGUUAGGACUUUCCAGUCUUACCUCAAUGAUGGUAGCAAAGCGGCUAAAUGCCAAUCGACAAAAUGGUGAAUCCUUUGCAUGUUGUUUGCAUAUAGUCCUCAUUCCUCACACAGGUUACUUGUUAUUGGGGUUCAGAAUUUCUCUAGGCUCCUUGUACAUGAACUUUGUCUGCUAUGAUCUGCAAAUAUAGGUUGGUGAUCUGAGUGUAAUAAGAUACUUCCUUCUGGAUGUUAAUUGAUUUUGUCUGAAAAAUAGAGGUCAUCGAGUAGCCGAACUAUACUUUUACAGUGAAAGACCAAUGUGUGGCAGUCAGGCUAAGUUCCUUUGUGCAAUGAUCCAGUUAAGCAAAGAAGUUAAUUUUGCUGUUGAUGACCAAGUCCGUUUGAACUCGAGUUGUCUGGUUAUUGGAUGUCUGGGCUUUAGUUGCCAUAACCUGGACAUUUUUUCCCCAUUUUUCCAACAUUAGCCUGUGAAUUCUGGCUCGGUGUUGGGUUUGAAAUGAACGUUACAGAAAUGACAACUUUGGCAAGAAAUCUUCUAUCAGUGAGUUUGGGAUGUAAUACUCUAGAACAUGAAGAUUUUUGUAAGCGCUUUUGAUAAUGCUAUAUGCACAAUUUUUUUUA